AGCUAUCUCGAAUUCCUAUCAAAUAUUCCUGGACUCUUAUUUGAGGCAAUGAGGUGUCUGUAUUAAAAGAAUAUAUAGUGAGGCAACAUUUUACAGGUAAGAUCAAGUCAAGGAAAUCCAACGGUUAAGUUUAAGAGACCUUAUGCCUCAACUCAAUUCUCCAACCAGAGUGCCAUUAUCCAUAUCAGCUCCAGGCAUUUCUCCUAUAUUGAAAAUUACCAGUCCUUUCCACAGAAAAUCCAAUUUCAACACACUCAUCAAAGCUCAGACAAAAGGUUCUGAACAUUCAGAUCAAAAAUCUAAAUACUCAAUCCAGUCAUUACGGAAGAAUGCAAAUUCUAGAGAUGGUGCCGAUAAUUUCACAGCCACGAGGUCUCUGGAUCCUACAGCAAGGUCUUCCCAGCUACUGUCACUUUCUUUCAAUUUGAGAGAAAAAGUUUUAUACCUCGAGCUAAUGGGUGUGGACUCCACAAAGGCCUUGAGAGACAACCCUUCAGUCCUCCGUGCCAGUUUAAGCAGCAUAAAAGAUGUGGUGGGUUACUUGAAGCAAAUGGGUAUCUUGUAUAAAGACUUUAGAAAAAUAUUGGGUAUGUGCCCACAAAUCCUCACUUUGAAUGUUAAUAAGGAUCUGGUUCCAGUAUUCAGUUUUUUCUUUGAAGUAAAGAUUUCCAGAAAAGACAUAAGAAAAUCUAUUUGUAGAUGCCCGAAACUGCUCAUCUGUAGUGUUAGUGAGCAACUUAGACCUACACUGUAUUAUCUGAAGAAAUUGGGGUGUGUUAUUGAUUGUUCCAACACAGUACUAUUGGUUUCCAGUGUGGAAAAGUCCUUUGUUCCCAAGUUAGAGUACUUGCAGAGUUUGGGGUUUUCUUACAAGGAAGCUGUGGAAAUGGUGGUGAGGGCUCCUAAUAUUUUUCGCGCCAGUGUGGAAAAUAAUCUUCAGCCAAAGAUUGAUUUUCUAACCAAUGAGAUGGGUCGUAAAGUCAAGGAGUUAUUGGAUUUUCCACAGUAUUUUGGUUUUAGUUUAGAGAAGAGGAUUAAACCUAGACAUAUGCUGUUAGUCAAAUACAGUGUUUAUUUAACGCUGCCUGAUAUGCUGCUUAAAAAUGACAAGGAAUUUUUAAAGAGAGUGAAACAGCUAGCUGGAUAAACCAAAUGACAAAAUCAGGUCAAUAAGACUUAAUUAUAUUGCCAAGAAUAGUAAACUACUGAACCACAUGGGAGUAACUAUACAAACAAAAAAAUUCUGUGUAACAAAACCAAGAAGGGUGCUAUUAGAAUUCAGUCAACUGAAAUCAUAUUACUGUUCCCAAAUGACGAAAGCAGGUCGCUUAGACUGAAGUAUAUUGUCAAGAAUAGCAAACCAUGGAAGUGGCCCCAUAGAGGGCAACUUUACAACCAAAAGAAUUGUAACUGUAGUAAGGAAACCAGGUGGGAUUUCAUUAGAAUCUAGUACUUUCUGCCAGUUGGGAUUUCAUUAGAAUCCAGUAUUUUCUGUUUCUUUUUCUUGUAUAUUAUUGUGAAUGCUGCAAUCUCUGAACAAUGUAGUUACGCUAGUCAUUGGUGAUAAGGGAGAAAAUAUUAUUGAACUCAUAAAAACAUUGCAUAUGUUCUUUGUAAUUUGAGAUACAUGUUGCUUGUCAUUCAGUUCAAUCACUACUUUUGCCCAAAUGCUGCAAGCUUCCUAUAUACGCAUUGCAGAAUUACUUAGAAGGUAAUUAAAGUGGUAUGUUUUCUGUUAAUGUUGAUUCUUUAAUUGGAAUUAGAUGAGUAUAAUUAUAAAGUUACCUUUGUAUUCAUAUCUCAUAUGAUGCAGGGCAUCAAAAUCAGGUUUUUAAUAUGUCGAGGUGUACAUGGUCUCACUAAUAGAAUUUGAAGCAGCAAACAAAACACUGACUACACUGCUCAUUUUAUUAAUCAUUCAGUAUACAUAUAAAUAGCUACAAAUAAUCUUAAGUAGAUCCUAUAAGUCUACUAACUGUCUUGACAAGAACUAUAGCUGAUUGACAGCUAACAGGUAUUGUAGAUAUAUGAUUUCCACAGUCCAUAGUGUUAACAUACAUAGCUUCACAGAUCAACCGUGUGAAUUUUUCGCUUGAUGUUUUGGAUUAAACUCCAUGAUCCAUCAUCAGGAAUAAGAAAACAGAACAAGAGAAACGCGAAUAGAAUGAACUUAAUAGGUAUUGAUUGACAGCAAAUUGAAUUUAACUAAACAUAUUGGACACAUAACACUAUUUGAUGGCACGUACUCAAAACUUGAGUAUGACUUAUUCAUUUAUGUUGGAGCAUUUAUUCCAACAUUUCGCUAAUAUAGUUUAGGCCUUUCUCCACUUUGCAUCAUUUUAACCCAGAGACAGUUGAAACAGCUUUAGAUGCACUAUCUAGCGAUAACAAACAACAUAAUCAGCGGGUUACUGCAUAAAUCAGCAGGCUUAUUUAUGUUCUCAUGUAUUGAUUCAAAACCUUGCGUACACCUUCUUAGCUGUCACGUCCUUUUUUUUGAAUUAAGAUAAUUAAUAUUAUUGAUAAUUAUUUAAGCUGGGCCUAAUAAUCUUUAAUUUUAUGGGCAGCUUAAUAAUAUUAUUGUAAUUAAAAUAGAGGUGUUUUUAAACAUUAGUAUUAACUAAAAGUAUUUUUGAAUACUUAAAAAUUAAAGUUAAAAGUAUUUUAAAUAUUUGGAGGGAAAUUUAGGACCCAAGGGCUUAAUUUGAAAAGACAUAUUAAGGAGGUGCAUAUUUUCAUCUCGAGAUCAUUUUUUCAAGCUAUCCUUUUGCAUCCAAUUUUUUAGAUUUCAAUAGUUUGUAUCUUCAUUCAAUCUAGGGCAUCCAAGGACAAAACCCCUCUUGAAUUCCACAUUUGGGAAUGAAGCAAUCUUGGGUUAUACCAUCUCAAGAAUCACAAUCGAGCUGAUUUGAAGAUAUUUUCAGUUUACUACAGUGGUGCUGCAGUGUUUUUGCAACCAAAAAUCAUUAUUUUGUUGCCUUGUCAUAUUUGAGGGUUUCUACAUUGGUUUACAGGAUUUAGAGAGUUAUUGUGCAUCAAAAUUGCUGGAUCCAAAUUGUUUAUGACAUUUCCAGACAACCCUAGCAGAGUGGCACCUUUGAAGUAAGAAAACCAAACAUUUUGAGCAUUAAAACAGUUACAUCCACUGUUGUUUGUGCUAUUUUACUCAUUCUUUAUCAGCAAUCAGCAAUUUGAAGUAAAGCAUCAACCUUGCAAGGAGAUUACUCUUGAUUUAUGACAUAUUGCAGAUGUAUCCAAGGCAGAUUUAAAUUUUAUCAGCAUUUUUAUUGAGAUCUUUAGCCAGCUGUUCCAUUCAAGGGCAUAGAGUAAUGAUAAUUCAUCAGUUUUGAGAGGAAUUGGCAUAGAAAAGGGUUUGCAUACAGUUUCUGAUGCAAAACGAAACACUCCAUGCAUACAAUCUCAAAACAGAAAUUCAAAUAUCAUACAUUGAAAACAAAAUAGCCACAAACAAACUCAAAUGAAUUUUCUUCAUUUCAUUCAAUACAUACAAAAUGUUUUACCAACAAAAUUCAUGGUCACUCAUGGUCUAAGACGCUUGAUACCAUUGACGCAAUAACAAACUUCUUGCCUCGCAAAGCUCAAAUACAAUUCCAGAUUAUAUAGUUAAUACUUUGCCUUAACUCUCUUAAUGCUGCUUCCUUCACUCUUGGUAGUGACAACACACACACCUUCUUAGCUGACCCCCUUUCUACAUAGCUUCACACCCACAUUCUUAUCUUUGCACAUCCCACUAUUUUCUUUCCUGCGCUGCCAUUCACUACCUAUGAUGGCAAAUUGGCCAGCCCACACAUCUCCAUCGCCCCUCUCCCACCCCCUCCCGCUCCCGACUUUUUCCUAUUUAUCAUGUACUCUAUUUUAUACUUAACCAAAUCAGUCCUUUGACUUCAAUGUAGCCAGAUUUGCUCUUCCGUUUUGUUCAACCACUUUUCUCUGCCUUAAUGGUUGCUACCACAUGCCCCCUCAAAGAUUGGUGCCACUUCCUCUUUACUGUUUCAAAUGAAAUAGAAACUAAAUCCGCUUUUAUGCCAUUUGACACAAGUAGGCAGGAUGUUGGCAGCAGCUAUGGGAUUUGACGUUACACCUACCAAGUCUCUUAAAACUUCCUCUACAAAUCCAUUUGUGCAUAUUUCCAUUCCGUUGAGGCAUUCUGACAAGAGUUACAUUUCAGGUCUAUGCUUCCACAUUUCGCAUAUUUAUUGAUAGAGCAUUUUAAAUAUAAUACUUGACAAAAUUUCCACUCUAUCAUGCAUUGAUGGAUGUCCAGACUUUGUUUCAAAGCUCCCAUUUUAGCAUGGGCUAGUAGGAUGCUCCUGCAUCAGACACACCCGGUAGAAAGUUUGUGAGCAUAGGCUCACAAAAGUGGAGUUGAGUUAUAGAAUCACUCGUUGAGAUUGCGAAAAAUUUGCAGUGAACUCUUUCAUUGUGGCAAUUGCACAUGAAACUAUUUCUUUUUCCUUUUCUUAUGGGCUUACAACACUUUGUCGGAAUCACCCUCCUCUCGCAAUGGUUCUCUCCUCUCUUCUUCUUCUUCAUGGGUACCAACUCACCAUCAACUGAUCUCCUACACCAAAUAUCCUUUCCUCUCUUCCCCUCUUUCACAGAUUUCAAUCCACCAUGAACCAACCACCUCCACCAAGUUUCACCUGCACAAUCUUUUACAGCUUCCACGUACAAAUAUGCAACAUCUAUAUUCCACCUUGUUACUAUAACAUCCUCUUUCUCACUCACUUUAGCACACAAAUCCAUCUCCAAUUCUUUAUUACAAAAUUCAUAAAAAUUUACCUCUUCUGCUGCAACAUCUUCUUCAUCACCUCUCAUUAUGACUGCAACUUCCUUUGGCAAUUCAUCUUCUUUCCCGUUCUCUUCACUCGAAGUGAUCUCUUCUCCAAGCAAUGGUUUGUCUUCAUUAGGUCCUCGAUCAAGCUCUGCUACAACUUCAAUUUCAUUCUCUUCUUCUUGCCUUCAACAUGACAUGUAACUCCAUCAUCCCUUUGAUCUGCAACCAAUAUAUUCCACUCUACGUCCAAUGCUGCAAUCCUUAUUAACAAAUCAUCUCUUUCUCUUUCCAUUUCCACAUUCUCAUUUUGAUCAAAACAUAGAUCAAAAUCUGAGUUUACCUUAUUACCUUCUAUUGCAACUUUCGUUCCACCUACAAUCAAUUUAUCCCAUUAUUCUUCAAUCUGGAUUAGAAAAAGAUCUUUUUCAUUUUCACAUGUAUCCUCUAAAGGAUUCUCUCUUGCUGCAAACUCAUUAUCCUCCAUUUCCAUAAUAGCAUUCAAAAAAAUUAAAUGCUACAUCAUUUGCCUUCACCAUUACAAUUCUUUUCUCACUAUCACUCAUCAUAUCAUUGAAACAUAAAUCAGAUUUGGUUUUAACCCCAUCAAAAUAUGAUAUUUCUCCUUUCCUUACAGCUGCAACAUGAUUUUCAACCUCCUCACAUCCAUCCCUUUCAUUCACAUCAUUCACAUGCAAAUCAGAAUCGUCGGUAAACUCACCAAAUGUAAGUUUUACCUUUUCUUUUACGGCCGCAACUUGGUUGUUCUGUUCUUCAAUGUCCUCCAUUUCACUCAACUCUUUUGUUGCUGUUGCAACCUCUGUAUUUUCAUCCACCAUGUCUUCUAAUAGACAUUCCUCAGCUUCAGGUUCAUCUAUCUCUUCAUAUUCAUCCUCUUCUCCUUCCUCCGUGUCAUAUGUAUGACACUUUGCUACUUCUUUCUUUCUUGCAUUCAAAAUAUCAUUAGAAUAAUAAAACUCAGCAUCACCUCCUUUGUGAUGAAGGGUUUUUCUCUUUUCCAACUGUUCUUCUAUUUUUUUCACUUGUUGCUUCAACUUUAUAAAUUCUUCUCUCAUUCAAUCACUUAUUGUCUCUCUCAUUUUCUUGAGUCCAUGAAUUGUCAAAAUCCAUCUAAUGACAAAAGUCCUCUUUCUCUUUUGCUUUUCCAUACUCGAAGAAUAAAAAAAUCUUAACACAAAUCCUCAAACCCUCAUCCCUCUUUCAAUGUUCACAAGCAUUAUUGUAAACUGCCUCCUUCAGCAAUCUGUUUACAAUCACGAGAACCUCAGCUCUCCAAACCCUUUGAAAAUUUCUUCUUACAACUUGCACAUCUGUCCGCAAUAAAAUUCCACACACUCUCCAUCCUCAGGUCUUGAUGCAAGCUGCCUCCAAUUGGCACUUCUGCUUGCACAUUCAAGAACUCCCGCUCUGCUACCAUUGAUUCGAAAUGAAACACUCAGAUACAAUCUCAAAACAGGAACUCAAAUAUCACACAUUGGAAACAAAAUAGCCACAAACAGACUCAAAUCAAUUUUCUUCAUUUCAUUCAAUACAUACAAAUUGUUCUACCAACAAAAUUCAUGGUCACUCAUGGUCUAAUACCCCUGAUACCAUUGGUGCAAUAACAAACUUCUCGCCUCGCAAAGCUCAAAUACAAUUCCAGAUUAUAUAGGCAAUACCAUGCCUUAACUCUCUUAAUGCUGCUUCCUUUCCUAUUGGCAGUGACAACACAUACACCUUCUUAGCGGACCCCCUUUCUAUGCAGCUUCACACCCACAUUCUUAUCUUUGCACAGCCCACUAUUAUCUUUCCUGCACUACGAUUCACUACCUAUGAUGGCACAUUGGCUGCUGCCAGCCCCCCGCUUCCCACCUCCCAGCCCCGACCCCGGCCCCCCGCCUCCCCUUUUUCCUAUGCACCAUGUGCUCUGUUUUCUACUCAGCCAAAUUGACUUCAACGUAGCCAGAUCUGCUCAUCCUUUCUGCGCAGCCACUUUUCCUUGCCUUAAUGGUUGCUACCACACACCCUCCUCAAAGAUUGGUGCCGCUUCCUAUCUACCGUUUCAAAUGAAAUAGAAACUAAAUCAGUUUUUAUGCUAUUUG